AUGGUUAAUGAGAUCUUUGACGACACACACGAGGAAAAUGAAGCAGAACACUUGUAUUGCCCUUCUAAGGCAUCUAAAGGACGGCUUCUUUGCUUUAACGGUAGGGAUAAGAAGGAUGGAAUAAAGAAUUCAUAUGUUUUGGCACUGCGAGAAAGUCUUCCAGACUUAGCUAUUCUAUUGGAAAGCCUAACAUUUGUAUCCUACACGUAUUACGACCACAAAAAUCUGUGGCAUGGAUUAUGUGUAAUGGCUCCUUUUGUAAGAUGUUCAAGGAAAAAUGAUUUUCUAAAGCCAGUAAGAUCGGUGCUAUUCCAGUGGGGUGAACUGAGAUUACGAAUGGGAUCUUGGGUUCAACAACUUAAGCAAGCUAAUUUUAGUGAAACUAAGGCGGAGAAGAACUUGAUGGAGAAGAUGUACCUUAUUGUUUUGAGAAGAGGUUCAAGGUCAUUCAAAAAUGCAACUGCCGUGACCGAUAUAUUUGCAAAGGAAUGUGACCAAGUCGAAAGCUACAUUCUGCAUGUAGUUCAGUCAGAAGAUCUAUCUUUCUGCGACCAGGUGAAAGUGCUGACCAACAUUGAUAUAGUCGCGUCUCCUGUGGAGCACAGUUAA